GGCGGCGGCGCUUCCGGCCUCCAUGUUGGCGGGCGGGGAGGCCUGGUGGCGGGCGCCGCGCUCGGGCCUCGGCGCAGCCCCGGGCCGGGCCGCCAGGCGUUUCUCGGGGGGCGCGGCUGCCUCUCCGGCCCGCCCGGCCCGGAGCCGCGCGGGAGGCCGUGCGUGCCCGGGCCGGAACGGGGCCGCUGCGGUCCCCGCGGUCGGGACAGGCCGGGGCUUGCUGCGUGUUCGUGGGACGCCGCAGGGGUCGGAGCCGUGCUGCGCCGUCCCCUGCGGGUUUAUCGGAGGAGGAUGGGCUGCCAGGCCUCACGCCCUGCGCGCGCACACCUUAGUCUUGGUUUUGCGGAUUCCGCCUCAGAGUCGGCCGGAGGCCCGCGGACUGGCCGCUGGGGGAGCCUGGGUUCCGUGGGCGGGCUUGGGCUCUGGAACGAGUGGGUCGCGGCCGUGGCCGGGGGGAGCCCGCUGAGCCCCGAUCCGGGUUGCGUGAAGCUCGCUCUUUGGACGCCUAAGCCCCGAACGCCAAAGUUUGUCCGGUGCAGAAAACCCCAGGCGGCCGGCGGCCCUGUGUCUGGGUGCUGGCUCUGCUUCCUGCCGGCCACGGGGAGACCCAGCUGGGGCUGCUGGCUGUUGAGAGCAUUUAGGGGAUGGCCAGUGGAUGGGACACGCUGUGUCCGCCUUUCAGGUGGAGUCAGCCUGGGGCUCGGGGCAGCUCUGGCCGAAGCCUCCGCAGAGCCCUUGAGACCCUCGUGGGCCCGGAGGGAGGGGCCGGCCCCGUCCUGCCGGGUGCUGGGCGCGAGGGGCUGGGGUUUUUGGAGGACAUUUCCUGGUUUUAGGGGACUGGCCACCCCUCGCUUCACAUCCCGUGCGGCAGGAGCAGGGUGUGAGUGCCUUUGGCUCCUCGGCCCCGCCUGCCAUGGCCUCCGUGUUGGGGGCACAGGCCCCAGCUCCGGCCUCGCAGGACCAGGGUCUGGCCAGUGGCUCCCAGCUCUCCAGCAGGAGACUGGUGUGGGGCCCCUGGCUCUGGCCGGGGCAGCCCCGCGCCUCACCCUGAGCGGUCUGGAGACCCUGCCCGGGGGUCUGCAGGUGACUGAGGGCCCCUUCUCUCCCUGACACUCAGUGUCCAGGUGCUGCCUCGCGCUGGGGCUGGCUGGUGAGCUGGACUCAGCUCAGUGUGGAGGCCUGGCUGGGGAGUGGGUGCCUCCCCAGGUGGGCUUCCCUCCUGACCCGUGACCGUGGCAUGCCGGCUGUGCAGGGACGCUGGUCCUGCCCUUGGACGCUUUGAGUGGGUACAGCACUUGGCACUGGUGACGGCGUUUGCGUAUUAACCAUGGUGAUAAGUUCUGGGCCUGCAGCACCAGCAUCCCAUAUGGGUGCCCGUUCAAUUCCAGCUGCUGCACUGGGAUCCAGCUCCCUGCUGUGGCCGAGGGCAGCAGAGGGCAGCCCAAGUGCUCGGGCCCCUGCACCGCUGGGGGAGACCCGGGAGAAACUGGGCUCCUGGCUUCGGUCUGGCCCAGCUCCUGCUGGGGAGUGAGCCAGCUCUUCCCUCUGUAACUCUGCCUUUCAAAUAAAAUGAACAAAUCUUUUUAAAGUUUCUCUUGUAGCCAGUUUUGGUUUUCGGCUCUGCGGCCUGUAACGUCUGGUCUGAUGAACGCCUGGUUGUGCUGUAGUAGCACUAGCACGUUUUCAUUGUGGGAGAACCAUCUGAGUGCACAGCAGUGAGCGCAUUCUCAGUGUUGUGGAAUCAUCACACUGUGUGCAGAACCUCCUGCCUGCCCCGGACAGGCCCCCCCCCCCCCCCCCCCCCGCUCCUCUGCUGCUUUGUCUGAAUGCCAUUGUUUUAGGGACUUCACCGGGGUAUCUUUUUUUUUUUUUUUUUUAAGAUUUGUUUAUUUGAAAGGCAGAGGGAGGGGUCUUUUAUCUGCUGGUUCACUCCCCAGAUGGCCACAACAGCCGGGGCUGGGCCAAGCAGGAGCCAGGAGCUGCUUCUGGGUCUCCCAGGUGGAUGCAGGGACCCAAGUACUCAGACCAUCUUCCACUGUGUUCCCAGGCCAUUAUCAGGGAGCUGGGUGGGAAGUGGAGAAGCAGCGGGGACUUGCAUCGGUGCCCAUGUGGGAUGCCGGCGGCGCAGGCGUGGUUAAGCCCUGCCACAGCGCUGCUCCCUGUUUCCCUUCCUGCCCACGACUUCUCCACGCCCGCCGUGGCAGUUGCUGGUGGUGCGAGGGGCGUCUGGACGCUUUCCUGAGCCCUGGCUGGUCACAUGCUUUGCAGAAAUGUCUGCUCUUAAGUUCUUUGCCUGCUUUUUUGUUUUGUUCUGGUAGAUUUAUCUGACAGUGGCAGAGAGAGGUAGAGACAGAGAAAGAGAUCUUCCGUCUACUGGCUCACUGCCCAAAUGUCUGUGAAAGCCAGACUGGGCCAGGCUGAAGCCAGGAGCAUCACCCAGGUCUCCCACGUGGGUGCAGGGGCCCAGGCACUACACGCUCACCGGCUGCCUCCCAAGCCAUCAGCAGGAAGCCGGGUGGAAGCAGAGCCGGGACCCAGGCCCAGGCCCCCGCCUGUGGGGCGUAGUGUCAGUUGUAACCCUGGGCCAGCACCUGCUCCGUGGUGUGGGUGCAGCAGGCUCUUGGGCCGCCUGAGGGCAGAGCCAGCAAGCACAGGGCAUUGCCCUCCCUCUCGCCCUCCCCUCUUGUGCGUGGGUUUCCCACCGGGGAGAGGGCUUCUUAGGGCCCUGUGGGUGCCCAGCACCCGGUUCUGAGUUCUCGCCAGGAUUACGGAGAGGAAGGGGGACGGGAAGCUGACCUCCAUGUCCUGCUUCCCGCCCGUCCUGUCCUCAGCUCCCUGGAGCGAGCAGCGCUUGGUUCCGCUCGUGCACUGGGGGCUGCCGCCUGACGUCAGCGUGGCAGGCUGGGAUGUGCAGGACUUGGGGCCCUGGAGGAGUGACCUGCUGGCCUCGGGGUUCCGCUGCGGCUGUGCCAUGGCCACCCCGGACGUGAGCGUCCACAUGGAGGAGGUGGUGGUCGUGACCACGCCCGACACCGCGGUCGACGGCAGCGGUGUGGAGGAGGUCAAGACCGUGCUGGUGACGACCAACUUGGCCCCUCACGGGGGGGACCUGGCGGAAGAUAACAUGGAGACGGAGAAUGCCGCCGCCGCGGCCGCUGCUGCCUUCACAGCCUCCUCGCAGCUCAAGGAAGCCGUGUUAGUGAAGAUGGCCGAAGAGGGGGAGAACCUGGAGGCUGAGAUCGUGUACCCCAUCACCUGCGGGGACAGCAGGGCCAACCUCAUCUGGAGGAAGUUCGUGUGUCCUGGCAUCAACGUUAAGUGUGUCCAGUACGACGAGCACGUGAUCAGCCCAAAGGAGUUUGUGCACCUGGCGGGCAAGUCCACGCUGAAGGACUGGAAGAGGGCCAUCCGCAUGAACGGCAUCAUGCUCAGGAAGAUCAUGGACUCGGGGGAGCUGGACUUCUACCAGCACGACAAAGUCUGCUCCAACACCUGUCGCAGCACCAAGAUCGACCUCUCGGGGGCCCGCGUGUCCCUGAGCAGCCCCACGUCUGCUGAGUACAUCCCGCUCACGCCCGCCACGGCUGACGUGAACGGCUCCCCUGCUACCAUCACCAUAGAGACCUGUGAGGACCCUGGGGACUGGACCACGGCCAUGGCAGACGACACGUUUGCCUUCUGGCGGGGGCUGAAGGACGCGGGCCUGCUGGACGAGGUCAUCCAGGAGUUCCACCAGGAGCUGGUGGAGACCAUGAAGGGCCUGCAGCAGCGCGUCCAGGACCCCCCCCUGCAGCUCCGAGACGCCGUGCUGCUCAACAACAUCGUGCAGAACUUCGGCAUGCUGGACCUGGUGAAGAAGGUCCUGGCCAGCCACAAGUGCCAGAUGGACCGCUCCCGGGAGCAGUACGCCCGCGACCUGGCAGCCCUGGAGCAGCAGUGUGACGAGCACCGCCGCCGCGCCCGGGAGCUCAAGCACAAGUCGCAGCACCUCAGCAACGUGCUCAUGACGCUGACCCCCGUGUCCCUGCCGCCCCCCAUGAAGCGGCCCCGGCUCGCACGGGCCACAUCUGGCCCGGCCGCCAUGGCCUCGCAGGUGCUCACUCAGUCCGCACAGAUCGCACUUGGCACAGGCGUGCCCGUGUCCCAGCUGACCAGCGUGCCGCUUGGCAAAGUGGUGUCCACCCUGCCGCCUGCUGUCCUGGGCAAAGGCUCCUCCCAGGCGCCCCCUGCCAGCUCCCCAGCCUCCCCGCUCCUGGGCGGAUACACGGUCCUGGCCUCCUCGGGCCCCACCUUCCCCAGCACCGUGGAGAUCCACCCGGACGCCUCCAGCCUCACCGUGCUGAGCACGGCGGCCAUGCAGGACGGCAGCACGGUGCUGAAGGUGGUCAGCCCGCUGCAGCUGCUCACGCUGCCUGGCCUCGGCCCCACCCUGCAGAACGUGGCCCAGGCCUCACCUGGGGGCAGCACGAUCGUGACAGUGCCCACGGGGGCCGCCCCAGGGCCCGAGGAGCACACAGCUACCAUUGAGGUGGCCGCUGUGGCAGAGGACCAUGAGCAGAAGUAGCCGGCGGGAGGGCGGGGCCCUUGGGCAACAGAGCUGGCUGCCUCUCCUCAGGCCACAGACGGACGGUGGGUCACGUGGGCUGAACCAAAGAGAGAAAUCGCCAGAACGCGGCAGAGAAGAGCAAAGAGGCAGGGGCGGCGCGGCAGGGGCGGCGCAGCGGGGACCGCGGGCCUCCAGACCUGAACCUCCCUCCCCCUGCUCUUGGGAAAUGUGCUGUCCCCCUGUUGCUCACGCUGGGCCUUCCCUGGGAGCCGCUGGAGGACGACGAGCAGGAGCCGGUGCUGGUGCGGCCCUGGUGCCUGCGCCCCCGCCCCCGCCCGGCCCCUGGGGUCAGAGCCUGGGGGACGUUACUACACACGUCUUGGGGACCGUACCCAAGUGUGGAAACCCAUGGAUCCUAUGGAUUUGGCUUCUUCCCACAGUUUUCUGUAGGGUUAGUGUGGCUGCGCCCCGUUCUCCGCCCUCGUGGGAGCGUGUGCUGGGGCUGGGGCGCAGGCCCGGGUGCUCAGGGGACCGAGGCCGCGCGUGUCCCGCGGUGGCGUUGAGGGAGCUGCUCAGUAGGCUUCCAGAAAGAGUCAGGUUUACAGCAUUUUCAACCAAACAGUGCCGAGUGCCUCGGCUUCCCCAGUUGGCUCUGGGAGGAGGCCUGCGGCGCCGAUGCAUGCACUUGUCCAGGUGCAGGGCGGCCUGGGCGGCACCCUGCCCGCAGCUGCCCCCCAGGAGUCUGAGCUCUGGGUGGGGCAUGUCAGGAGGACGGAGCCGCUCUGGAGGGCAGCCCUCAGUGCCCUGAGCCCUGCCCAGCUCCCUGUCCUGAGGGAGCCCUGGGGUUUGGGAGCUGCUCGGGGUGGGGGGGACAGCAGGUCAGGGCUGGCGAGGGGGCUCCUGGGACCUGGCCUUGAGGGGCUGUCCUGGGCUGCUUGUGGAUCUGGUUUGGACUCAGGAGGAAGACCAGGCUGGGCAGGGGUGCCCUCCAGGCCCAAGCCCCGGGGCCAGGCUUCCAGGAGCAGGAGCUCAGGGUGUGUCCUGGGCGCUCCCGCUGGCCCUGUUUCUCCUUAGGGGCUGCAGCCCCACUUUGCUGCCUUGAGGGGACCUGGCUGAGCAGCCGUGCUUGCACCUUGCGCGCCGCGUGCUCGCCCUGUUCUGGAGUCCGGCCGCAGGCCCUGCCCCCCUUCCCUCUGGUAGGUCAGUGCUCGCGCGGCCGGAGCCGCCCGGCCCAGCGUGCUGUUUACCUGUUUGUAUGCAUACUCCUUUUUUACACUCGUUUUUACUCGAGUUGUGAGUCCUGUUACAUGCAGCCGUGUGGCCCUGUGGGCACCCAGAGGGCGGUGAAUGGCAGGUGGUACUGCCGGCAGUCCCUGCCCCCAGCUCAGACCACAGUGAACCGCGUCCGAGCUGGGAGCCAGGGGCCUGCAGCCUGCAGCCUGCAGCCGGACUGCCGUGGCCAGGGUCUGUUUUCUUUCUUUUUAGGAGCAAGGUUGGGUUCCUUCCUGCCCUUGCCCCUUUUGUCCACUGAGAGAUGAAGUCCAUCUCAGAGCCAUACAGAACAGCCACAAGGCAGCUUCAGGGGCAGUGCCGACCCACGUGGGGCGUCCCCGGCCUGCGAGCCGUUCCUGGCAGGUGCUUGGAGCCCCUGCUGGAGGAGGGACUGGAGAGACAGGAAGGCUAGGGUGGCCAGCGCCCCCACCCCCUGCCUGGCCGCCGUUCCUGGCUUUCUGAGGACGUGGGGUUGGGUUUGGUCUUGGCACAGAGGGGAGAGUGUGUCCGUGCCUGUCACGGGCACCCUGGGCGUGGCGUGGGAGCUCUGCUCUGUACGGUGUUUGCAAGUAUCUGCUUGGUACUUUGAUUUAAAAUAAACACAUUUUUCAUAA